AUGCACAUUUUCUGCAAGCAGCUUCUGGAAGAUGUCAAUGAGUUAACAACUAUAAAACAAGAACUGAAUCACAGGAUUUCUGUUCAAUCAGCAAAGUUGCUUCGUCUUCUCAGGCAGAAAGACAGGCUUGUGCAUAAAGUCCAGAAGAACUGCGAUAUUGUCACAGCCUGUUUACAAGCGGUUUCCCAGAAACGACGGGUUGAUACAAAAUUGAAGUUCACUCUUGAACCAUCUUUAGGUCAAAAUGGUUUUCAGCAGUGGCAUGAUGCACUCAAAGCAGUGGCCAGAUUGCCAACAGGAAUACCAAAAGAAUGGCGGAGAAAGGUUUGGCUGACCCUAGCUGAUCAGUACCUGCACAGUAUUGCCAUUGACUGGGAUAAAACCAUGCGUUUCACCUUCAAUGAAAGAAGUAAUCCUGAUGAUGACUCUAUGGGCAUCCAGAUAGUAAAGGACCUUCACCGAACUGGUUGCAGUUCUUACUGUGGCCAGGAGGCAGAGCAAGAUCGAGUGGUGUUAAAACGCGUUUUGCUGGCUUAUGCCAGAUGGAAUAAAUCUGUUGGUUAUUGUCAAGGAUUCAACAUAUUGGCUGCACUUAUUCUGGAAGUAAUGGAGGGCAAUGAAGGGGAUGCCCUGAAAAUCAUGAUUUACCUAAUUGAUAAGGUGCUUCCUGAUAGCUAUUUUGUCAAUAAUCUCCGUGCUCUCUCAGUGGAUAUGGCUGUUUUCCGAGAUCUUUUACGAAUGAAGCUCCCUGAACUGUCUCAGCACUUAGAUACCCUGCAAAGAGCUGCUAACAGAGAAAGUGGAGGAGGCUACGAACCCCCACUUACAAAUGUCUUCACAAUGCAGUGGUUUCUGACCCUCUUUGCCACUUGUCUGCCUAACCAUACAGUUCUGAAGAUCUGGGAUUCAGUAUUCUUUGAAGGCUCUGAAAUUAUACUGAGAGUAGCUUUGGCUAUCUGGGCAAAGCUAGGAGAGCAAAUAGAGUGUUGUGAAACUGCAGAUGAGUUUUACAGUACCAUGGGCAAGCUGACCCAGGAGAUGCUGGAAGACAGUCUGAUUGACAGCAAUGAACUCAUGCAGACUGUUUAUACCAUGGCUCAGUUUCCUUUCCCACAACUGGCAGAAUUAAGGGAGAAAUACACAUACAACAUUACUCCUUUCCCUGCAGCUGUAAAAUCAACUUCAUUUUCAGGAAGGCUUGGCAGAAUCAGAGAUAGUGAUGAGGAGAAUGACCUAGAUGAUGAAGACUCAAUUGCCAACGCAAUUGGCUGUCUUGGACCAUUAAGUGGGUUUUUGGCACCAGAGCUCCAAAAAUACCAAAAACAGAUGAAAGAUCAGAAUGAAGAACAAAGUCUGGGUUCCAGUAACAUUGCAGAACUGAGUCCAGGAGCAAUAGACUCUUGCCGAAGCGAGUAUCAUGCUGCUUUUAACAGCAUGAUGAUGGAGCGUAUGACCACUGAUAUUAAUGCGCUGAAAAAGCAAUAUUCCAGGAUAAAGAAGAAGCAGCAACAGCAGGUUCACCAUGUAUAUAUCAGAGCAGGAUCUGAAGAUGACGACCCUGGUAUUUUUUUAGGUCCCAGGGAUCAGCUGAACAAUGACAAAGGACCAGUUACCAGCCUCCUCCCUUCUCAGGUAAACCAUUCCCCAGUGAUAAACCACCUCCUUUUAGGAAAGAAGAUGAAAUUGAACAACAGGUCUCUCAAAAAUGCUGUUAUUCAUAUCCCAAGUCAUGCCACAGGGAAGAUGUCUCCCAUUCCCCAAGAAGAUCUUAAAACAAAACUCAACUCUCCAUGGCGCACUCACAUACGAGUUCAUCGAAAGAACAUUGCGAGGGCCAAAGGCCAGCUGGGCUAUGGGGAUACCAUAGGACUGAUAGAUGAGCAGAGUGAGAGCUAUAAAACAAAUAGUCCUGGUGCAAAGGAGGAGACUUCCAAACAUUCUGACUUUGGAGAAAGAGAAGGAGGUGGUUUGGAUGACAGGACUACUCGCAAAACUGAUGGGCAGUCGUCUGAGCCAGUCUCUACAGACAGCAGUACAAACAUGUCAGUGGUUCAGCUAAAACUGGAAGCACUGGAACUCACUUCAGAUAACAAAACUGAUGCUGAGUCAACAUCCCAUCAGUCCGGCCAGCAAUGUUUGUCAGAGUCCUCCAGUUUGUCCAGUGACAGUGGAAACCCAGCUAAAUCUCCCCAGCCUGGGAACCUGAAGCCGCAAGUCUUCAAUCCUUUCCCCAGUGUCAAGCCUCUUCGGAAGUCAGCUACAGCCAGGAAUUUAGGGCUGUAUGGCCCCACUGAAAGAACACCAACUGUUCACUUCCCACAGAUGAGCAGAAGUUUCAGUAAGUCUGCCAGUGGCAACAGUGGGACCAGGAAACGAUGA